AUGCGCAAAUCGUCGUCAUCAUCGAGAACAACUCUAAUCGCAACCGCUGCUGCUGCUACUUCUUUUUCUUCUAUGUUUAGCAGUGGGGCGGCUGCUUCUGAACCAGCUCGAGCGGCGCUCUUUGUCACGUCUGGAUGCGUGCUCGUGCAGGUGAUGCGGACAGUUUUCAAUCACAAAACGUUGAGCGACGUUUCAGUUUCCUGCCAAAACACGGAGAAAAACGCAUCCGUGCUGAAAAUGUUACACACGUUACGAGUUGGGUACGAUGCGAUUACGGUAUUGAGAAACCCGCACAUGUCGACAAUAUUGGCGACUUUUUUUAGAAAAGAUGUAGAGGUGGAAUAUCAGAGAGAGCUGUUGCCGAUGGCGUGCGGCGGCGUCGUCGCUUUGGAUUGGCCGUUGUCCGUGGACGACGAGACGCAUAAGUAUCGCGAACGCACGCCAGAGAUGUUGGAAAAGACGAGGAAUUUAGAUAAAGAUUUCGAGCCGCAUAGAAAAUCGAUACCAAGUCAAACGCCGAAGAUUGAUGGGGUGUUGGAGGAACAUUACAAGACGUUACCGGAGGACGCGCCGACGUUGGUGUUGAUGUCCGGCAUAGCCGGCGGAUCGCACGAUAAGUAUUUGAAACACAUGCUGAGAAGGGCGGUGAUGAAAGGGUAUCGAGUAGUUGCAUUCAACGCGAGAGGGACGAGCGAGUCGCCAUUGAUGACGCCGCAGUUUUAUAGCGCGAGUUUCACCGGAGAUACGAGGGCGGUGAUGAAGGAGAUGAAGAGGCGGUUUCCAAACGCGCCUUUAUUCGCCGUCGGUUGGUCGUUAGGAGCGAAUAUUCUGACGAACACGUUAGGUGAAGACGGAGAAGAUGCGUUGGUCGAUGCUGCGUGUAGCAUGUGUAACCCGUUCGAUUUGAACAGGUGCGACGAAAAUUUACAGAAAGGAUUUUGGGGCAAGUUGUAUUCGAAAUCGAUGGCGAAUAACAUGCGCAAGUUGUUCGAACCGCAUAAACAUUUGUUCCAAGGCUUGAGAGAAUACGAACCGGCGUUGGUCAGGAAAGCGAGAACGGUUCGAGAUUUUGACGAGGCAAUUACGCGAGUGACUUUUGGAUUUUCUUCCGUGGACGCGUAUUACGAAGCGAGCGGAUCGAAGAGAAAGAUUGUCGACGUGAGAGUCCCGUUGUUAUGCGUCCAAGCGAAGGACGAUCCAAUCGCUUCAAUUGAAGCGAUACCUAGAGAGGCAAUUGCGAGCAACGAGCACGUUAUUUUAUUAGAAACGGAGAGUGGUGGGCAUUUGGGAUGGACAGCGGGAGCUGAAGCGCCUUGGGGUGCUCCUUGGCCAGAUCAAGUAGCCAUGGAGUUCUUUGAAGUCCACGCGCUCGAAUGGAAGACGAAGAGAGGGGCGAAUACAACGAGAGCCACAAUAUCUAAAGCUCCGGCCGAAGUCACAGCUUAG